CUCCUCCUCGGGAGGGGCGUGGUCCGGCAUGGCGGCUCCUCCCUCUUUCGGUAGGGCAAGAGGUGGCGAGCCGCGAGCGGCGACUGGCCCUUGGGCGGGUUGCCGGACGAUGCUGCUGCCGCUACCGCCGCCCUCGUCGCUGAUGCCAGGCGGCUCUCCCGGCGCUGGGGCGCGAGCGGUAGCGGGGCCGGAGCUCCAAGGCGCGGCAGAUCUCCGAGAGGAGCAGGACGAAGAAGAGGAGCGAGGCCGCGCCGGGGCCAUGGCCGAGUGCGCCCAACGCUGGGCGGCUGGAGCCAGCAGCGAGCCCGAUGGGGCGGUGUCCGAGGCGGAGGCCGCUGCGUCAGCUGCCCAGGAAGACCCCGACGGCGUGGGUCCCCGCUGGGGAGCUCAGCACGCUGGAGCCCGAGAGCUUGCCGAGCUCUACUCCCCUGGGAAAAGACUGCAGGAAUGGAUUAGCGUCAUCCUGUGUUUUUCUCUGAUGUCUUUCAACUUCUACAAUCUCCUCUUCUGCUUGAGACUGGAACAUGCCUUCUCAAUUAUUGUUGGGAUAUUUGCAGGAAUCAUUACUGCUGAUUUUGCCUCGGGUCUAGUGCACUGGGGAGCAGAUACUUGGGGUUCUGUGGAUCUGCCAGUAGUUGGAAAGGCUUUUAUCAGACCUUUCAGAGAACAUCACAUUGACCCAACAGCAAUUACCAGACAUGACUUCAUAGAGACCAAUGGAGAUAACUGUAUGUUGACCAUAUUUCCAUUGGCAAACAUGGCCUACAAAUUGGUUUCUUUAUCACCAGCAUUACACCAAACGUGCCCUUGGGAGUGUUAUGUUUAUGCCCUGGCUAUAUUUGGAACCUUGACAAACCAGAUUCACAAGUGGUCUCAUACGUACUUUGGUCUUCCUCGCUGGGUUAUCUUCCUGCAGGACUGGCACAUUAUCCUGCCACGGAAACACCACAGGAUCCACCACGUGUCUCCUCAUGAAACUUAUUUCUGUAUUACUACAGGCUGGCUGAACUACCCGUUGGAGAAAAUCAGAUUUUGGAGGUUCCUAGAGAAUAUCAUAGAAGGACUGACAGGAGAAAAACCUAGAGCAGAUGACAUGAAAUGGGCUCAGAAAAUAAAGUAAACUCUUGCCAGGCGUCUGCAGUCCUUAUACUUGUUGCCAAUAUUUUUAAAAGAAAAAGCCAUCAGCCAAAUUAAAGACUUGCAAAGGAAAUAAUGGACUAAAGCACAAUGCUUUUACAAAGUGCUAACAGACUGCAGUUAAAGGACUCACUCUUCAAAGUAAUACUUGAAAAUGCAAAUGGCUAAUUUCCAUUUGUAUUGAGCACCUUCUGUUAGCUACAUCUGCUGAUGUUGAACAUUUUCAUCCUUGAGUCUCAAAAGCCAUUAGUUGGAGAAGACAGUGCACCAUUUCUAGUAAGAUAUGUCAUUGGCACAGUAAAAUGUGUUGUAUCAACAUGAAUUGCCACUUUGAAAGCCAAGGUAAGACCAACGUGAAGAUAGCAAACAAGCACUGCAUUUUUAAGGAGCAGGUUCAAACUGCGUGAGAAUCAGCAGAGGGAAUGGAAGUUUAUGAAAAUGUCACCACUUCCAUGCAUUUAGUGUCUGGUACACCUUCCAGUUGCUUCAUCUUGCUGUCAUGUCAAGCCUUAGUCUAUGUGGUGUGCAACAGACCAUUUGGGAGUCUUGUUCUGCUAGUGCAGCCUUUCCCAACCAGUGUGCCUCCAGAUGUUGGACCACAAUUCCCAUCUUUCCUGACCAUUGGCAAUGUGGCUGAGGCUGAUGGGAGUUGUGGUCCAACAACAUCUGGAGGCACACUGGUUGGGAAAGGCUGUGCUAGUGGAUUAAGGAUCCUUAUUGUUGUCUGUCUCCUGAAAUAAACAAGUGUUCUACUUCCUUGAUAGUUGAGCAGACCAUUGCUGUAAUAAGCCUGCAACUAAUUAACUUAGUAGCAAUCUGGGGAAAAGCAGAACACCUUCUGCACAAGUGUCAAAACAUAAGACACUUGUGUUAGGUCAUUUAGUAUUCAGUGAUUGGGGUUCCUUUCAGUAUAUCCUCUCUUCCAGUGAUCAUUGUGUAAGGUAGUUCUAGGAAACUGGGCACAUCAUUGAAUUUAUUUGUUAGGAGGGAUAGGUUAAUGGCGGUGUGUAUUUUUAAAGGUGCUUGCUCAUUCAUGUAAAUAUUAUAAAGCCUUAAUCUUUUUGGUGUAACAUGGAAUAAUAUUUUAAUGUGGUCCGAAUGUAUAUAAUAUAUUUAUAACAAAGCAGUUCAAUUAUA